AUGGCGACGUCACUACCCGCCCCCGCCGACAUUGCUGUGCAAAAGUGUUUUUCUGUCCUGACGCUGGAAUCAUCCGUUCCUGCUGCCUCUGAGGCUUCUGCUCUGUCCAUCAACGAAAAGCUUGCCAAGCUCGCGGCUAUUACUGGCGCUCCUUUGUCGAGUGAGGCUGAGACUCAGCUACGCGCGCUUUUCUCUGAAAAACCGCAUCCCAUCGCCUACGAUGGUUUUGAACCUUCUGGCCGCGUGACACUUGCUGCUGGCCUGCUACGUGUGCUUAACGUCAAGCGACUAAUGGACGCGGGCUGCCAUGUUCGUCUGCUAGUGGCAGACUCACACGCGCUGCUCAAUAACAAGUUUGGCGGCGACCUAAAGAAGCUUCAAAUCGUCAGCACUUACAUGGUAGAGGUGUGGAAAGCGCUUGGUCUUGACAUCAAUAAGAUGUCGAAUUUUGAGAUCAUGUUGGCCUCCACGGAGACCGCACGACACGCUAGCGUCUACUGGUCGCAGGUGCUGGACGCCGCUGGACGCUUCACAGUCGAGCGUGUGCAGCAGUGUGCGCCUAUCAUGGGUCGCAAAGAGGAUGACGCUGUGUGCAACACCAACCGUAUCCUGUACCCGCUGAUGCAGCUUGCUGACGGUUUGUUACUUCAGGCUGAUAUUUACCAGCACGGAGCCGACCAAGAACAUAGCAAUGAACUCAUCCGCGAGUAUAUCGCGCAGAAGGAGCUUCCGAACAAGCCAGUGUUCCUCACACACCCGCUGCUGCUUGGAUUGAAGCAGGAUCAGUUCAAGAUGACCACAACGGACGCCGAGUCAGCUGUCUACGUUGAUGACACAGCUGCCGAGGUUAAGACGAAGAUUAAGAAGGCCUACUGUGUCCCUGGCGUGGUGAAAGGCAAUCCGGUCCUGAAUUACAUGAAAUACCUGGUGUUCCCUUUCUAUGCGGAGGGUGUCACGCUAGAGCGUAGCGAUAAUAACGGUGGCAACCUUAUCUUUGCUACGUACGAAGAGCUGGAGGCGGCGUUCGCAGACGGCCCUCUCAAGACGCUGCUAUCGAGUAUCAAGAAGCUUAAGGUAUCCCCGAUGCCUGACAGCGACAAGCUGGUUAAUCUCUCGCUGCCAGGAUUUUCAGAGGCUCUCAAGACGUGGAAGCCGUCCGCGCUGUCGCUUGAGGAGCGCUAUGCAGUGGCGCGCUCAGUAGGCGAGGAAUGCAUCCAGGAGAACGAAUUGCAAGCUCUAAUGGAGAAAAAAGACCACCCCGUGUGCUAUGAUGGCUUUGAGCCGUCGGGACGCAUGCACAUCGCUCAGGGUGUUCUGCGUACGGUAAACGUGAACAAGCUUACGUCAACUGGCAGUGUCUUUCGUUUUUGGGUGGCAGAUUGGUUCGCCAUGCUGAACAACAAAAUGGGUGGCGAUCUGGACAAGAUUCGUCUCGUGGGUCAGUAUAUGGUCGAGAUUUGGAAGUCUGUGGGCAUGGACAUGACGAACGUGGAGUUUUUGUGGGCGUCGGAGGAGAUUGUUUGUCACAGCGCUUCGUACUGGCUGCGCGUAAUGGACAUUGCUCGCCGCACGACCAUUGCUCGUACGCUGAAGUGUUGUACAAUUAUGGGCCGCAAAGAGAAGGAAGGCAUGCAGGCUGCACAGAUUCUCUACCCGCUGAUGCAAUGCGCUGACAUUUUUAAUUUAAAGGCCGACAUCUGCCAGUUGGGCAUCGACCAACGCAAGAUCAAUAUGCUCGCGCGCGACUACUGCGACCAAGCGAAGAUCCGUUUCAAGCCUGUCAUUCUGAGCCACCAUAUGCUGAUGGGUCUGAAAGAGGGUCAGGAGAAGAUGUCCAAGAGUGACCCAGAAUCAGCCAUCUUUAUGGAAGAUGCCGCAGACGACGUGAGCCGAAAGGUUGAGAAGGCUUAUUGCCCGGAGGGAGUCGUGGACGCGAACCCGAUCUUAGACUACAUGAAGCACAUCAUCUGCCCGCGCUUCGCUGCACAAGGCGUGAUGGUGAAGCAUGUGGAUGGUGUGGAGAAAACAUUUACAGCGUACCAGGAGCUUGAAGACGCCUUCGUUGCGCGUCAGAUCAAUGGUGCCGAUCUCAAGACGGCACUGACCAAUUAUCUGAACGAGAUUUUGGAACCCGUUCGUGAGCACUUUGGCAAGGGUGAGGCCCAAGAACUGCUUGACAGGGUGCGCUCGUUCCGCAUCACUAGAUGA